AGCCCCUCUAAGCUUGACAAGCAAUUAACGCGAACCCAGCGCGCUAUAAAUUUAGCGGGUUACGCGCGUUUCACAGCGCGACAGGUCGCGAUUGCCGGUCCCCGGGUGCCAAUUACAAACGGAAGUCUCGAUAUACGAAGUACACGUUCAACAAUAUUCCCAACUUAUAAUUCGCCAAUUCAAUCUUCUUCAUCUCACCUCAUCGACUUCAUAAUUUUUCUCCUUCUACCUUCACAUAAAAUCUUAUUCAACACAGAUAUUCAUAAUUCAUACAAUAUCAAUUAUCCCUUCGUCUUCCAACCAUCAGCUCUCCUUCCGUAGGAUUCAACAGUUUCAAACCCCUUCACGAUGCAGCUCAAGCGAAAGCGAUCCGAGUCCGAGCUCUCCAGCUCCUCUGGCCCCUUCGGCUCGCCUUCGCGGCCAGAGCAGCUCGCCAUGAUGGAUAUGGACAGCAUGGCCAACGUGUCACCUAUUCGUUGUACAUCGCGGAGCUCAACACCUUCCCACUUACACAGCCGCACCUUGAAACGGUUCCGCAAUAGUCGUCCUUCAGACGAGGAAAUCCAUGAACGUACCUUAAACAUGCUAUAUACCGCCCAGAAACAGCACAUUGUCCAGCAAAACUCUCCGUUCGCCAGUCUUCCUACACAGCCUCAACCCCAGCUAACACAGAUACCGUCGCAAGGGGCCCAGGCAUCACUCCACAGCUUUUGGAAACUCCCCAAUGCAGCAUCUGCCUCAAACACCUCAAUUCCACCUCCCGUUGAUCACAUAGUAUAUGACGGCCCUACCAAUUGCGAGGAUUGCGGACAGGCAUUACACGAAGGUACGAGCGAAGACUCAAUGGACGUAGAUGGCUUCUGCUCCGAGGCCGAGACAAGCUGUGGAGGGUGUGGGAAACACGUCUGCUCGCACUGCUCCAUCACCAACCUAGGUGAACAGCGAAAGUGCUUGAUAUGUGCUGGAAGAAAGGUCUGGGUUGGUGGUCUCGGAUGGGCUGGUGUCUCAGGCAUCAAGGUUUGCUGAAAAGUGGAUUCAUUCGGAUUAUGUAUAUGGAAUCUAGAUUUUGCGCUUAGCUACAGGUUAUCCUGAAUAGGGAGCUUUUAAGGCGGCGCUGGGUAUUUAAGGUGGAUAAGCGUUGGAGUUCAAGGCGAGCACGCCAUCGCCGGGUUUUAUGUU